AUGAUGUAAUAAGAAGAAACUAAUUAAGAAUAACCUUAAUAAACUGAAAACUAAAACAAUAAUGAAAACAUGAUGUAAAUGGAAUAAGAAAAUAAUUAAUAAUAAGAAAAUAUGGAAAAUAAGGAAAACUAACAUAUGGAUUAACAUACUAAUUCAACAAAUACAUCUGCAUCGAAAAAAAUGGAAUAAUAAAAUAAAGAAAACGAAAUGGCUAAAGAUGUGUAAAAUUUUUAAUAAGAAGAUGAAUAAAUUUUAAACCCAUUAACCGAACAAUAAUUUAUUGAAAAUUAUUGA